GAGUAUUUCAAACUAUAAAAGGUGUACGGGAUAGACAGACGAUAGUCAGUAGGAUUUUGUACGUGAAUGCAAAGGAAUCGUCAACUUAGGGAGCGGUAAUCAGCACCAUGUAUCUCCACCUAAUAUUCCUCUUCAACCUCUUAAUCAUGGUGUUAGCUGCGGACAAGCCGAUCGCCAUUGUGAGUCAAAGCCAGGACAUAAGUCCAGACGGUAGCUUCUCAACAAAAUGGGAAAGUGCGAAUGGUAUCGCUUUCCAAGAGGAAGGUUUCCUUAAAAAUCCUGGCCAAAAGGAUACGGAAGCAGAAGAAGUUCGAGGUUCAGCUUCCUGGACAGCUCCAGACGGCACGAAACUUAACCUAGAUUGGCUAGCAAAUGAAAAUGGUGCCACAUUUCAAGGUGCCCAUCUUCCGACACCACCACCGACCCAACCAAUACCUGUUCUCAUUCAACGAGCAUUAGACUGGAUAGCCAGUCAUCCUUAUAAAGAAGAGAGGAAUAGAUUGUAGUUUCGUAAGAGGUUUCAUUUUUACCUGGCGAAAGAAGGUGUGAAAAAUAAAAAUAAAAACAGUAAGAAACCGAACUUGAACUUUUAAACUGAAAAUAAAUAAAUGGAACCAUUAAAAGAGAGCUUGGAACAACUAAAAUCAUUGUAUUAAUAAUUCGAGCCAAUAAUUGCAUGCGCAAACGUGAUCCUCAUUGUUAUAGCUCUGAAUGAGCCAUUUUAUAUUCACAAAAUUAAUGAAUAUUUUAUCCAUAAAUUUUCAUCAAACCUUAAGCAUUAAACGUAAAAUGGUCUACAAUGACUUUACGUUCAUAAAAUCGUAUCGAACUUAAAAAAAAAUGGAAAAAUAUUUAAUAAUGUUUCUAUAGCCACUCUAAUUGUAUGUAAAUCAUUCGGAUAGAUUCGCUUGUAACCAAAAUAGCACACAACAGUAUGAAAUGGAGGUUAAAGGUUACCAUUUUGCGGUGAAGGAGACAGAGAAAUAUUACAUAAGUGUCAGGGUAAGAAAGUUGCUGGUUGGUAGCAGCUGCAUCGUCGUCGACGACGUUGUCCUCGUUCGUUUAGAUUAUACGCGUCUUUGUACACUCGGAGAAACCAUCUGCUCGUGCAAAUAACACUCGCACGCGCCUCCUGUUACGCAUAUUUACAAAUUAUUUCUGUAAACUGUUUGCGUUGCCGUGCCACUGAAAAUAAACAGGAACGCGUCAGUGAUAUUGCGGAAAUGGAGUUUUGCUGGAGUGCUAUCAACGUUUUCUACACAUUCUGUGGAUUUUAUGCUUUCCUAAGUAAAGGGCAAAUAAAGUCUCCAAAAUUAGGAAUUUCAAAACUGCGAAAAUUCCAAAAUAGAAUAUCCCGAGUUUACACUUAAUUUCUUCGGAUAAAUCCAAAGAAAAUAAAAAGUCUAAAAGUAAAGAAAAUUCGCAUUAUCCAUAUGUGUCGUUCACGCCUCAAUAAAUUAUUCUAGCACGAUUCUUUGUGUCCACGGUAUUGUGAUUGAUUAACGAUGGCAGUCUAAGUCUACAGUCUACAGCA